ACCAAAAGUUGAAGUUCCCUCUCUCAUAUCUGCUGCCAUCAAAUGGCCAAAGUUCAUCCUUUCAUAAUAGCAAAUGGUAAUAGUAGGGUUGAUGCUUCUUGCAGCUCUACUACUACUGCUAGUAGUUUGUGUACUACCAAGUAUCUGACGUCAAAGAGAGAAACGUUCACUAUAUGGAUGAAAUCGCUUGUGAUGCAAGGAAACGGAUGCACUGCGUUUGAUGCAAAUGGUGAGGUUGUGUAUCGAAUCGAUAAUUAUGACAACAAACACAGCAAUGAAGUUUAUCUCAUGGAUCUCCGGGGCAAGCUUCUGUUUACCGUCUGUGAGAAGAAAAUGUGUGGUUUCCGAAGUUGGAAGGGCUAUGAAAGCAAUCAUAACAUUGGUGCCAAUAAGCCAAUGUUUCAAGUGAGAAAAAGUUGCAGAUUUGUUCGUGGAAGUGAAGUGUCUUUAUAUAAAGUAACGAUGCGAUCUGUUAGCGAUUGCUACAGUUUAGAGGGUUCGAAUGGUAAAUCAUCAUCAGCUUUCAUAGUAAGAGACAACAAUGGAGGAAUUAUAGCAGAAGCCAAGCAAAAGCAGUCAAGUUCAGGAGUAGUAUUGGGAGAUGAUGUAAUGACUUUGUUUGUGGAGGCUCAUGUGGAUCAUUCCUUUAUCAUGGCUCUAGUCACUGUUUAUGGCUUAAUUAGGCAUCAAAUAUGAGUUUAGCAUUUUUAAUUAACAUGGCAGCAUUGUUAGAUAUUGAAGCUUUUUGCAAAUACUAGGGCAGGUUGUUAGAUAUUGAAGCUUUUUGGUGAGCAGUGACGUUGCUCAUUGGGGUUAUUUCCUCUCUUUUCUUCUUUUUGUGGGAGUUUUACUUUUAACCAAUAUUGUACUGCAGAGUGAGAAAUCGAUCAAGUCAUUCAUUUUCCAUUUACUGUUAUGAGUUUCAGGCUAAUUCAGCAGGUUAAGCUUUCAUGUAUUAACGCACCCAACGAAU